AUGCCACCGAAAAAGGGGAAAGCUAAUCUGACAGAUGCGGAAAGGGCCGCUAUUCAGCGGGCCCAAAAGCGGGCAGAAUUAGAGGCAAAAAGAAAAAAGGGAGAGCUAGUGAAACAGUAUUUGACUGUAAUCCAUUUUCUAGUAGCAUAACAUAUGUAGGUAAAACUUGAAAAAGAGCAAAAAGCAACCAUCGGAAACACCUUUCGUCUAAAUCACCGAUGGAGAACUUUACUGCGAGAGGAAAAAGUAAAAGAACUCAAGGCAGAUUUAGAAAUACUGCGCCACACAUUCGAAAGGAUUUGUGACAGGUUUCCUAUGAUGUCAACUUUUGGUAUUUUGUAGGAAGGACAAUAUACUUAAAACGUUAAAGCUGGAGCUUGAAGAAUCAGAAGAACAGUAUAUGAUGUCUUUAAGAAACCACCUUUACAAUCUACACCUUUUAGUCGGUAAUUUUAUCUUCUAGUUCAUUUCGUGCACAUUGAAUACUCCAGAAUUUAAAUGUGUCAGAUGAUGCCAGAUUGUUGUUUCGGUUUAAUCUACCCUUUUCUAAAUUUAACUAAGCUGCUUAACUUUUUUUAACUCAUGUUACUUUAUUGUCAUUACCUACGAUCUACCCAUAGUUCGUGAAAAGCUCAGGGAAUAUUUUUGACGAUCUAUGUCCAGUUCAUGUGAUUAUGAUCUACAACUGCGCAUUUCGACAUCUCGAGCAGAAAAGGCUUUCUACUGUUAGCGUUUUGGAUGGAAUCCCAGUAUUUUACUACGGACAUGACUCGCCGAAUGUGCGAAAGACACCUUGUCUUCUAUUCGUAGACCGCUAAUGUACCGUCAUUGACAAGCAUUUCUUUGCCUAGAGCUACAAAACCAGCGUCUCGAAAGAAUGAAAUAUGCCUUUGAUGAGGAACUUCAUAUGAUCAAACGGGAGUUCGACGCAGGUAAAGUUUUCCUUAAUCCUAAGCUUUGUAUUCAAAAAAGAAAAGGAAUUCAUGUCAACGAAACAUGAAAACCAGAUCAAUGAUUUAAAGGAUAUAUAUGUCGCAUUUGACAAACACUUCUUGCAAAAAGAGACCGAGGCCAGAAAUGAAUAUGGAAGCACAAGGGAUGAAAUGAAAAAUAAAGUAGGUUUGUAUUUGCUCAUCUGCUGGUGGCUCGAAUGGGAUGGUUUUAACCAUGAAGCGGUUAGCUCAGAAUGUAGGCCAACACUUUUCUCAAGCAGGUUGACCUAAUUUUUCCUCCCGUUUCUGUCUAUAUUUGGGUGCACAUCGCAUGGGCGUUCCUAGAUCACAAUUUUGCUACUCAUUAUAACUUAUCUGACAUCACUAACGUACUUUAAGUUAUGCUCUUGUAUUUUCAAAUUGUACGCCUUCCUUAUCAAUACUUUGUGCUGUUUCAGAAUACAAGUGUGAAGCUUAACAGGCUCAAUCUGCAUCGAACUUAAAAAUGAAGCAAAGUACCAGGGGACAAACCUGGUCCUUUCUAGCCUAUUGAGAUGUAGGCUUGGUCCUUUCUAGCCUAUUUGCGUUUUGGCAGGCCAAUCCAACCGCCUGUAUUUCCUUCCGUUAGUAUUGAUGUUAUGCGUAAUAAAGUUAAAAAGGUAAAUGAAAAAGGUAGAUUUAAGUCCAGAAACUCAAUUAAUGAUACUUGCAAUGGAAAAAGAGGAACCGACUGACUAGCACAUAGGUGCAUCAGUUGCAGGUCGAUGCAAUCAUUAAGCGUGGUUAAACCAUGUGAUAAUUGUAGGCAAAUUAAACAGCAGAAUCAGGAACGACAUGGCAACUUCAGGUAUAUCAUACGUUCUUCCCAUAGAGGGAUUUAAAGUUCGUUCGUGGAAUCACCUUUUGCGUGUCCAGUAACCAACAUUCGAUUCAAAUGUUCCUUCUCGAUAUUACAGGGAAAUCUUUAGAGAUGACUCCAAAAACCUUAUUCAGGUCGAAGUAUCCAAUUGACAAUAGAAAUGGACGCUAUUUUCAGUAUUUAAUCAUAGUUCUCACUUUCUGUAAAUACACAAUAAUGUCAAAUCCUACAAUCAAAUUCCAUCUGCCAUUGCAGAGUCUUGAAGACAAACACGGCCUGCGAAUCGUUUUGGAGAAAAAGGUCAACGUUCUAUGGGCCGAGUACACUCAAUGUCAGGCUAAUUACAACCGCGCCACUGAGGAGCGCCGAUCGUUGUUUGAAACCCUGAAGGCCCGCGAUGAACAAUCCGUCAUUGAAAUUGAGCGCCAAAUGAUACGACUGCGCGAGAUUAAUGCCAAAAUAGCGUCCGCAAAGGCCAAGAGGAACCGCAUUCUCGAAGAAUUCGAGGAAAAGAAUACUCUCCUGCGAGAAGAACGGGAGAAACUUGGCAUUCAUUUCAUGGGCCUGAAAGCACAAAUAAAUCAGCUACAUGAGAAGCAGCAUGUUAAGCUGACGAAGAUGGCUAUUAUUGCAUCUGAUGUCCGAAAGAAGGUUUGGCUUUUUUGUAUUUACAGUCUCCUUUAUGCAAGUUGGCAAUUCGCCAGUUACCCCGGGCACUCAAAGGUUUCUAGCUUAUAAGACCUCGAUUUGUAGAUGCAUAUUCAGGGUCCUGCAGAAGCCACUGUACUGGGAAUGCUGGGGGACCCACUGACGGGCUGAAUCCCUCGCAGCUAUGUCAUGCAGCAGCAGAAUAUCGGCGAAACACCUGUGCAUGGACUUUUGGCUACUAUCCGUGCUCUUAGUAUGAAACCCCUUUACCCUAAAGUCACUGUAUUGUUUUGACAAAUUCAUAAAAACUAAACUAGAAACUAGGCUUAUUCAUACUUUUCUAACUAACGGAGGGAUUAUUGCAGUUUUAUUUGCUAGACUUGCCAUCAUGUUCCACUUCCGGAGGCAGGCCUCUCCUACAUUUUGAUGUCACUUUGCUUCUCUCUACGUAGGCCGUGCCGAUUUUUCCCUCAAGUUGUGAUAGGUAACGCAGUUAAGUGGCGUACAUCUUGACUUUUAUGUAGUCUUAGAGAAAAAAGUUUGGGCUGAGGUCAGGGCAGCGUGCAGCUCAUUUGUGAGAAUUCCUUUGACCGAUCCAUCGGUCAGAAAACCUGAUGUUCGGGAAAUCCCUCACUAACCUGGAAGAAUGGAGACGGCUCUGUCUUGUUAAAAAAAGACAUUGGCAAGGUCAUUUCUUGCCUGAAAUUCGGGAAUUGCAAACUCCUGCAGCAUCUUCAGGCGAUUUUGGCCUGCAACGGCGGUCGUGUUACCGGAUGCACCGCGGCACAAAAGUGGUCUAAUCAGUCUUAUUCCAAAUAUGGCAUACCAAAUUACCAGCUCCAGUGAGUUUUGUUCAUGCUCCAGAAUCUCUGCUGAGUUUGAUUUUCCCCAAAUUCGAUACCCGCGUCGGUUUUCCAGAUCAGCGAGAAGAUGGAUUCGUUGCUGAGCCAUAGGUUUUCCAAGAGCUAAGGGUCGCUUUGGUAAUGGUGGAGGAGGGACUUAUACCUGUCCACACCAACACCACAGUCUUCCACUUAAGGCGUUCGAAAGACCUGAAGUCGGCACGGGCAGAGCUUUGUCAUUCUUCGAAGCAUCCGUCAAAUCGAGUUCCUGUUGACGCGGUGUUCCAACCCAGUCAGCCGGAUGGACUUUCCUUGGUUUUGCGCGAACGCCUGCCACGGGAGUUUGGUGUUUUAAUCAGUGGUGUUAGCAGCAGUUUUGUCAAGGGCGGACGCUGUUUUCAGAAAUUUGUCAUGGAUGGCGUCAGUUGGGCUACGUGUUGGAGUAGCCUGACGGCCAUGAAUCUUUCCGUGACCGUUUUGGACUGCACUCGAAGACUGAAAAGUUUCUAGCCGAGCGGGAAUUCUGUGAAGCUGUUUCAACACUAACUGGUGAGCCAUGGGCGACGAAAUGAUAUGCUUUAAGAAAAUGCUAAUUCUAAACUGUUAAAUGCUGAUAGUUUCAUGUUUUUUGCGAAUGCCAUCCAAAAAGAAAUAGAAAAAAGAAUGCUUGUAGCGGAUUCGGAACAUUUUGAAAAGAUCUCACGAUACAUAUAUUCCAAUCUGCUUUGUUCCAACGGAAAUUCAAAAAGGGCUUAUUGGUUCCGAAGUUACUUCUAUCGUCCGCUUUUCAACAAGCGGCAAUGGUCAAAGAUGGUUAUUCUCCCUGCUGCUAUUUUGAGUAUUUUUUGGUGACUUAUGUCACCUUGCAUUCAGAGAUUUUAUUUUGAACAGGGAGGGUGGCUUACCGACUUGCAAACCACGAAGGAGGGCGGUAAAUUGAUUUAUUAACCGUCGUCAGCCAGCCUCACGUACUCUCAGGUAGAGUGAAAACAUGGGUUCGAAGCCGGACUCUUUUUAUUACUGAUCUUCGGCAAGCCCAACACCCUAACUACUGAGCCAAGGGUCUGUUACCCUGUCAGCCGCGACCGGGAAUGCCGAUUUGAGUUGGGUUACGGGACUCGUUUGUCCCGUUGGGCCCAAGGGCUGAAUGCACAGCCCAAACGGUGAGCGCAAUCCCAAUACAUGUUAACAUUUCCAGUCGCAACCGACAGGACAACGAGCUCGUAGCUUAGUGGUUGGAGCUUUUGACUUUCCAGCGCUCAAUAGCCCAAAGAACCUGAAGUUAGGCAAGGCUGGCUGAUGACGGCUAAUAGGCCCGAAAUGGUCGUGCCGGUCUCCCUUGCCCUCGUCCGAAAUCCCUUCAGCAAAUAUGAAAUCGUUAAACUUCACAGUAGGCAUUCCACGAUGCGUUUGAAUGAAGACCUAGGCCAGUAAAAAUACAGCCAAUAGAAAUAUAGAAAUGAGGCAGUUGAUGACUGCGCAGAAGGAAAUAAAUUACAAUUUUGUUGAGCUUUUUCGGUAGAAUACUAGAAAAAGAUUGCGAACAUAAAACGAGACUUCCAUAUAAGCAAGGGUCUAUGCUUGUAUUCCCUAGGUUGUGAUAUGCGUGUCGAAAGUCGCCUUUGGGUUAAAUGAAUCGAGCAUAAAUGAUUGGAAUGUGAAUUCGAGGUCUCAAAUUCGUGGACAAAAAAGACUCUUCUGUUCUUGAGCUCAGAAGACCAGUUGGUGAGCAUAUGUGUGCUUUCGAAAAAUUCCCAGCGGACAGUACACUUAUGUGGGAACAGGGUACAAGUAAAACACGUGAUUGAUUAGAGAAAUCUCCCAUAGUUCGUCUUUUCAUAAAAGUGGGAUGUUGGAAUAGGGGAUGGGAAGUAAUACGGGGGCAGUGAAUUAGAAUACAGUCGGAGUUAGGCGGAGGAGUGAGGGAAGGACGCGAAGGAGUACAUGCAGUUAACCGACCUUUGACCACGAUAGGUGCGGAACCUAUACCAGGUCCUUCUAUGGGCACCAGAUCGGCUUUCAUAACCUGAUGUCAGUCGCCUCUGCAGUUGCUGGCGGACACUGACCCAGUGGCUUAGGGUAAUUCGGGGGGACCCUGCAAAUCACACGGAAGGCGUUUUCGUAUUCCUGGGGCCUUUUGUGGGAGUUCCAAUGUGCCCUGAACUCCCCUAAGUCACUGGGUCAGCGUCUGCUAGCGACAGCAAAGACGACUGCCAUCAGGUUACAAAAACCCGUCCGGUGCGCGCAGUAGAAUCUGGUAUAAGCUCCCCGCCUACCGUGAUCAAAGAUCAGUUAGCUGCACGCACUCAUCUGCGCCCUACCGCCUAAUUCACUGUCACCUGUUACGCCCCACCCCUUAUUCCCACACCCUACUUGCAUGAAAAGACGAACCAUAAUCGAUUUCUCUUAUCACUCACGUGUUUUACUCGAUGAUGGGAAUUUGUCGAAGGCACACGUAUGUCUUACGGUCGUCUAACUUAUUAUACUACUACAAUUGGAUAAUUUUCCCUGCAAAUUAGUCCUCUGCUCACAUUUUGCUAUGAUCUAAAAAUUAAACCUGUGCUAAGUAAAGUGGGCUUUCCGUGCGCAGGUCUGUGGUGAAUUUGAACUUUUGAGAAUGAGGAAUUCCUUGAUAUGCUUCCACUCUUCAAAAAGGGAUUCCUUACUGUAGUUCACAGAUGAGGACCCAUCCAAGAGGAUCGCCUUAUGUCUUACAGAUUCCAAAGGAAGAUUUCCGACAAAUAAUACUGUUAAUUAAUUAGUGUUUUGACAGAUUUGAGUAAUUCGUUUGACCAUAUUGUGAAAAAAUCGACGGUCUUGGUGGAAUACGAACCCACGACAGCAAGGGUAAGGCCUGAGUACACUCAACGCUCUAAACAUAGUUCUGCUGAUCGUAUUGAUAUAUUGGUAAAUCGUUCGGUCUUUUACUUCAGAUGGAUGAGCUUAACAAACGGGCAGAGCAGAUCAUCCAGAUCGGUGAGGACUGCCGAAAGCUGGAGACAGAAGAGGAGAAGGUACUGCCAUUCUAUGCAUCUUGUCUAAGCCAAGAAGAGGAGGAGAAGUUGGCUAAUGAGAUCCAGGAUACCGAGGAUCAGAAUGUCAAAGUGGUAUGUUGGCCAAGAAAUUACUGGUAUAGAUGUAGACUUAGACGACACCCCUCCUUGUGACAUCUGGCGUGAAAAUCGAUAUGGUCGCAUCAGGGGUGCAAAUUCAUGCCCAUGACCAUCUCGAUAAAACCACAUCGCCUACAAAGACUACACUAUGCAAAUAAUUACUAUUUCAGUAGUAUUAAUUUUUCUCAUCGAUUUUAGAUGCCCUUAUAAAUUAAAAUAUAUUUCAUCGAAAACAUUAAUAAAAUAUGCAUUCUUCCACUCUUUUGUAGAAAAUUACGUCUUCUUCUAAGUUUAUGCACGACGGAUGGGUAUAAUUCAGUUCUAAAAGACUUUUCUGAUUUCCGAAUAAUUUUUGACCCGAUCUGCCAAUACAAUUGUAUUCAGGGUUUCCAAACUACCAGCUGUAUAUAUUCUGUGUACGGAAAACCAUACAUUUCUAUACGCUAUAAAGAGGAAGCCGUAUGGGGUUCAUAAAAUUUUGCAGUGGAUUUGAGCCCUUUUGUAAACUUUACAAGCAAUACUAGGAAAUGCAGAUGUUUUAUGAUGUUUUGUGUUUUCUGAGCGCGCAUUCCGCAGUCUUAAAAAGUCUCCUGGUUAGAAACUAUUUAAACCGCAUCGUACCCUUCUUUCAAUUAUAAAUUUUGAAAAAGAUGUCAUUUUCUGUGACCGAGUAGAAAAAUGAAUAUUUUAUGCAUGUUUUCUGUGAAGUAUAUUUAAAUUUACAGGGGCAUCGAAAAUCAAGGAGAGAAACUCACACUACUUGAGUAGUCAUUUUUUGCAGAAAGUGCUCUUUGCAGGCGGCCGGAAAGAAGUUAAUUCAAAAGCCGGCUACUCACAGUAACUGAAAUAUUGCGGAAUUAUGCUGCAGGCUAAAUACCAAAACCCUACUUAAGUCAUUUUUUCGAGUCGAAAACGCAUUUCAGAAUUUCAGUUAACAUUUCAUGAGUUAGCACAUCUACUGUACUCUCCGGAUUUUCACAUCAGGUGCUAAUCACUUUCAAUUUAAGCAGCGUAUUUAAGAUGACCGGUGAGCGCGUCUCUAUUACUGUAUAUUCCCGAUCGCAACUGGCAAGACAGCGAGCACAUGGCUCAGUGGUUAGAGGCGUUGGACUUCUAACUAACAUGUCAUGGGAUCGAGCCCCAGGUGUUCUUCACCUCGGGGUUGUGUAUGACUGGCUGGCGACGGCUAGUAAGCCAAAGAUGGCUAUUUUGGUCUCCCCUGUCUCUGUCGAUAAUGUCUCUCUGCAUAUAUCGUUCGCCGCUGUGCGGCUGCUGGUUGGACUUUAGAGGGAGCCCUACGGCAUAAGCGGAUGAGCAAGUUCCGUAAAACGAUCGGUGAGCGCCCCUCUACCAAAGUCACAAGUCUUUUGUGCCAUUGUGAAGAGGCUGAUGUACGACACGAUCGUGUUGCUCUAAAAUCCAGGGAGUUAGAGUUGGGGUUGGAGUUAGGAUAUGGGAAUAACUACCACCCUGUAAUUUAGCGCAAGGCCACCUGUAGCGCUAUGGGGUACUUAUGCCACGCCCACGCAAGAGGUCAUUCGCCAGUUGUGAAACUUUGGCAGGGACCUGAACUACGUUGUAGAUUCCACAGACAUUUGUAAAAGCCACUUGAGUAAUCAUUUUACCCUUUUGAAAAUCGCCAUAACUGCGAUGGUUUGAAGUCGAAAGGAUACCCCUCCAUCAUUUUGAAGGAAAACAAGGUUUCCUACAGAAUGAGCAUAAGUAAUUACCACCUGCUUGUGUCUAUUCCAUGAACUACGUUUGAAUUUCUGCAGAUAUCAACGAUCAGAUAUAAAUUUGCACGUUAAUUAUGCGGACAUUGUGACUCAGUUGAUUUGUUCAGGUAGUCUAAUGUGCAUGUGAGUCAGACUAACGCCUCCAAAUAAGUUAUUCUUCCUGCUGGAGGCCAUGUUUCGAAGUUUUCGUCAGUGUCUCACCAUAUAUCAGAUAAUCUACUUACUUCUCAUUAGGCGACAACAGCUUCCUUCCUGUGCCAAGGGAUGUCACACCGCAUGAUAGCUCGACCGUCGUUGCCGACGAUGUCCACCGUGUGCCCCACAGCUGCAGCAGCGGUGGGAGCAGGGACGGUGACUUGCUCGGGGGUUUAUAGUGCCAGUAGACUUGCGCUGCAUCUACCUGCACUCUCUCCUCCUCCCCCGCCCGAGCCCGGUGUCAAGACAGAGUCAAGAAGACCGGAGACGAUGGAGGUCGCAGGUGGAUAGCUUGGACAUAUCCUCGCCUUGACGCUCCACUCCGUACCCCCUGGUCUACACAACAAAUGAUCAGGAUUUUGACCGCCAAAACAAUGGAGGGCAUGACAGUGGUCCCAGUUGUGCGACGACUGCCGACAAUAGGGUCUGCUCACACCCCCCCCCCCCCUAGAUGUUGGCAUUUGUUAUUACGCAAAGAUAACGCCUGCCAGAAUCCGAUGUGGCCCGGUGUUGGUCCUACGCAUCUAACACACAUACACUUGGUCCGCGCAUGAUGGACCAAGUUUUCUCACAAAUAAGGAAGAGACGUCCUGGCUCACAACUUAGUGAAAAUACCCUAGAGGUCACAUCAAGAAGGAGCCGUUUCGGCCUGGCUCUCCGUCCUGACAGGGGUGCCGAGUUAUCCCGUCAGCUGACAGCUCACCGUGAUUGUUUAUGGUGCAGGAAUAUACGCGGAGUGCUGUGAAGACAUGGUUCCCAUAGUCACUGUCACUCUCUCCUCCCUAAUCCAGACACCAGUUUAUUGUUCAAGCCGGGGAUUGGCCGACGAUUGAAUAGCAAGGGUCUAAUAAAUGUCUAUUUUGUGCGCUCCUUGCAGCUUCUGAAACAGUAUGCGCCGCUUGAACUAUUUUGGCGACGUUUUAACAAAGUCCAGUUGGACAGGCUGGCUCUGCUGAAGGAGCGAGAUGUUCUGACGAAUCAGAACGACAAUCUGAAGCACCUUCUCACCCAGUACCUGGACGGCCUGUCUGUGAAUGAUGAAAUCCUCGCAAAGCCGAAUUCUCUGUUUGUGGUCAAUGGAAGGAGCAACCUCAAGUGAGUGUCCCAGUGCACUUUUUUAAGUUUUAGUUACGGAAUUUACAGCCUCCACGCUAUCGUCAAUUCGACAAAGUUGCAGGCUAAACCGGUUGCUGGCAAAUGAGCCAGGAAAUCUACCUCAUUUUCCAGAAACUGUAUUGUUGGCUCCCUUUAAAAUGGUAGGCGCGCACUUCAAAUGGAACCCGGCAAAUACAGGUCCAAAUUAACAUUUUUCAGACUGACAUUUCUGUUAAUAGUAAUAAUGAUGAUGGGAAUCGUUGAGGAGGGAUGCAAUAAAGACUCGAAAGAAGUAAAGAACCAUCAUUGAUGCACUUUCCGUUCCUAGUUAGUCAUACUUAAAUCCAGACUGGUGCAUGAGGACCGAGCCAAAAUCAGUUAUUUCACGAGCCUACUUUCGAGCUAAAUAUUACAUAUUAGGCUACGGGACCACCUUCUAUCGGUCGUAGUCGGAAAUAUUCACAGUCGUAUUGCAGAUGUAUUCACAAGGCUUUUUGUAUUACCCCCUUAGGGAAAUGGGGUUCUCGGAAUUUUAGCGUUUUGGCGUCCAGACCACUUGGUUGGAGGCGAAUAUGCACCUUCCAGGCUAUUGUUUGAAAGGAGACAAUGACGCGAUCACUGGAACGGUAGGUUUAUGAGUCCGACUACAAAAAUGUUCACUAACUGUUACACUCCCAUAGUCUCUGGCGAUGGACUCGUGAAAGAGUUAGAAAGCUCAGACUUGUACACCUACUGUUCCAGUGAUCGCGUCUUCGUCUUCUUUUCAGAUCACUAGGUACUUGGGUCUGUCCGACUCGAUUGCCUCUUGCUCUCAGUGGUGCCAGAGUCCUGGCAUUCAUGAAAUAUUGUGGUAGUUUAUCCGUGUCCUAGACCGGUUAAGGGAGCCUGCGGAAAUCAGUCUGUAGAAACUUGUAGGCAACUGUCUCAAAAGACUUCGAAUUCCCUAUUUUUCCUUUUAAAAAUGCUAUCUUCUUUCGAGUGCAGAAAUCGGAAACUGGACUAACAGAAUCCUUAUUCGUUGCUUCCAGAAAAUGGACUGAGUUUAGCUCGUUGUGUUUUCACUUAUGAAAUUGAUAAAUGUAAGGAUCGGGUGAAAGCCCCUAAGCAUCUGUGGCAUACAAAGCCUACCUUCAAUACUUAUUUAAGUGGGUUUUAGUCCGACACGAUUAUUUCGGUUUGGUGUUUCAUCGUACAAUGUUGGGUCUCUGUUGUAGACGGUCUGGUGCAUUACCUACAGUGAUCUCAGGUCAGAGAGUUGAGAAGCGAUCGUUGCAGACACUAACUGUUUAUUUUUUUAAUUGCCCUGCUUAAUUUAAGUUGCUAUAUGUCAAUUCAUUAAGACUUUUCUGUCCGAAAAACAAAUGUACCAAGUAUCUAUACUUAUUUUACCAUUCCUCUAUGCAUACAUAGGCCCCGCUCGUAAAACCCCUAUUACCACCUUUCGUAUAAGACAGGCACUUUGGCUUGUCGUUUGUGAUUGGGGGCCUUCAACCGAUCGUUGUCUUAAUAAAUGACUGAAAGGGUUGGAAUCGGAAAGCCAAUAAUUAGAUCACUUGGACAGCGCUACCCCAUUUCAACCCAGAGCUACUUGAACUGGGGUUUAAGGAUUUCGGUUAAUUUUUGCUGGAUUUCCACACAUACAGAAAAUGGCGUUUAGAUCACUUCAUGGAUAAAAAAUAAGAAAAAUAGUUUUAUGUUUCAAAUCGUCUUUAUUACUUUGUUGUUAUCGCUACGAGAUUCUCAAAGGUAGACCCUAUCGAAUGCUUAGUUAACUACUGUUGAUAGAUUCGCUUAGGCGAGGCUCCUCUGACUCUUGUUCAAAAGUCCCUCAUUCUAAUUACUACAUGUAACUACCGAGUACUGUCUAGCUCUGUACGCCACCACCAAUUUCUGGCAUUUAAGUGUUUCGAAUAAUGCAACACUACGGAAAUUUGCGGGCCAGUAGAGAUCUUUCAUAAAAUUGCAAACAAAGUAUCCCUAACUUAAGUAAAGUUUACAUUCGAAAAAUAUGGAUAAAAUACGUUUUUUCGAGUUUUGGUUUUGGAUGACGCAUUUUUUAGGGAAAAACAAAAAAACUCUUCAUAUAAUUCAUGAUCUUUUGCUGCUAGUCCAAAUCCGCUCAUCAAGGAUGCUCGUGUCCGGCCAGUGGCGACCGUGAAGUUAGAGGCGCUACACAUUUACAAGGACUCCGUAACGUCUGGUUUGCUGGAGAAAUGA